AUGAGGACUUUCUGUCGUGUGGGCCCCUCUGUCCUGAAGGCCUUUUACAGGUGUGCGGUGGAGAACAUCCUCACCUCCAACAUGACUGUGUGGUUCAGCAGCAGCACCAACGCUGAGAGGAAAGAUCUGCAGAGGAUAGUUAGAGCUGCGGAGCGCGUCUGCGGCUGUAGUCUGCCCUGCAUUGAAGAUAUUUACAUCAGCAGGCGGUUUCCUCUGGAUCUGAUCGCAGCUCGCAGGUACCAUCUGCCUCCGCACGAUCACGCACACACACAGCGGGAGCGGCCCUGUGGGAUCUUUGAGUCGACGGAGAGCGGCCCGUCCGGAGCGGAGGAGCUGGCCUUCAAGUUCGCCCUCAACACCAUCAACAGAAACCGCACGCUCCUGCCCAACACCACGCUCACCUACGACAUCCAGAGAAUCAACAUCUUCGACAGCUUCGAGGCCUCCAGGAAAGCAUGUGACCAGCUGUCUCUGGGCGUGGCCGCCAUCUUCGGCCCCUCCCACAGCUCCUCGGCCAACGCGGUGCAGUCCAUCUGUAACGCUCUGGGGGUGCCUCACAUCCAGACGCGCUGGAAACAUCAGGUGUCGGACAACCGCGACUCGUACUACGUCAGCCUGUUCCCCGACUUCUCCUCGCUGUCCCGCGCCAUCCUGGACCUGGUGCACUUCUUCAGGUGGAGGACGGUGACGGUGGUGUACGACGACAGCACCGGGACAGUAUGCCGUAAAACCCACGCAGCUCUAUGGAGAAUGUUCCUCCCACCAUCCACCUCCUCUUAUGAUUCAGUGACCUUCGACCCCACAUGUCACUUCCUGUGCAUUCAACCAGUUCCUCCACAGACAGGAGCCGCUGAGCAAGAAAAGGGUCGCCAGCAGAAGCCAGAAGCUACAACCACUGCUAGUGCUAGCGCGGCGGAUCCGAGCCAUGAGUUCAGCCCAGAGACGGAGAGCGGAGAGGAGGACGAACUACCACUUAUGUGGCAGAAAAUAGAAAGGAGCAUCCUCCGGUCCAUUAAUGUCCGUUUUAACGAGUUCGGAGAGAAACUUGAAGGCCUCUUCGCGCGACAGGAGGCCCUGAACAAGAGGAUGGACGAAAUGGAAGACCAGGCUGCGAACCACGAGCAGCGCAUUGAGAAUAUGGAGACGGCGCUUGGGGAAUUACAGAAAGAAAAUAAAGCACUCCGAUCGAAACUUUCGGACCUGGAGGGGAGAUCGAGGCGUAACAACAUAAAAAUAGUGGGCAUCCCCGAAGGAGAGGAGAAGGGGAGGCCAACGGACUUUGUAACUGAUUUGAUUCCUAAACUUCUCGGAGCCGAGAACUUCGACAAGCCUCUGGUCAUAGAUAGGGCACAUCGCACUUACAGAACGGACGGCUCUAAACCACGCACUAUCAUUGCUCGGGUCCACUUUGCCCAGGAAAAAGAAAAGAUUCUGCGCAUUGGGAGACAACGCACCCUAGACUACGGUGGGAAGAGAAUCUUCAUUUUUCCCGACUACACCGCGGAUGUCAUGGAGCAGCGACGGAGCUUCAAGGAGUUGGAUGCAACCUCCAGGGAAUACUUGGAUUCAGAGUUUACUAUAAUUGAGAUUCUUGAAGCCAUAAAAGCCUUUCCUUCUGGAAAAGCUCCUGGCCCUGAUGGAGAUAUUAAACCGGAUUAUAGUUUAGCCAUAUUCGGAUGCUCCACGGAUGAUCUGGGACUUACAUCGGACGUUUGGCGGGCGCUGCAGCUUGGGAUGGUGGUGGCUAAAAAACAUAUUCUGCUGACAUGGAAGUCCGCCACACCUCCAAUUUUUGAACACUGGCUCCGUGAAAUGGUGUCCGUUAUCCAAAUGGAGCGUAUUCGUGUGGACACCAUGGGCAAAGAGCAGAGACAUAAAGACCUGUUUGCUCUGGACAUGGAGCCGUACCGCUUCAGUGGAGUGAACAUGACGGGCUUCAGGAUCCUGAACACGGACAACCCCCAGGUGUCGUCCAUCAUCGAGAAGUGGUCCAUGGAGCGACUGCAGGCCCCGCCCAAACCGGACUCGGGUCUGCUCGACGGCUUCAUGACGACGGACGCGGCGCUGAUGUACGACGCGGUGCACGUGGUGGCCGUGGCCGUGCAGCAGGCGUCUCAGAUCACAGUCAGCUCCCUGCAGUGUAACAGACACAAACCCUGGAGGUUUGGAGGACGCUUCAUCAACCUCAUCAAGGAGGCUCAGUGGGACGGGCUCACUGGACGUGUCCUCUUCAACAGGACAAACGGACUGAGGACAGACUUCGACCUGGACGUCAUCAGCCUCAAGGAGGACGGACUACACAAGAUCGGCACUUGGGAUCCCCCUAGCGGCCUCAACAUGACGGACAGCCACAAGAGCAAGACGACCAACAUCACCGACUCCCUGGCCAACAAGUCCCUGCGAGUCUCCACCAUACUGGAGGAGCCGUACGUGAUGUUCAAGAAGUCGGACAAGCCUCUGUACGGAAACGAGCGCUUCGAGGGAUACUGCAUCGACCUCCUCAAGGAGCUGGCGGCCAUCCUGGGCUUCAGGUACGAGGUGCGCCUGGUGGAGGACGGGCGCUACGGCGUGCUGGACGAGGGCACGGGCCAGUGGAACGGCAUGGUGCGAGAACUCAUCGACCACAAAGCAGACCUGGCCGUGGCUCCUCUGGCCAUCACGUACGUCCGGGAGAAGGUCAUCGACUUCUCCAAGCCCUUCAUGACCCUGGGCAUCAGUAUUCUGUACCGCAAACCCAACGGCACCAACCCCGGCGUCUUCUCCUUCCUCAACCCCCUGUCCCCCGACAUCUGGAUGUAUAUUCUGCUCGCCUGCUUGGGUGUCAGUUGCGUGCUGUUUGUCAUUGCCAGGUUCAGCCCGUACGAGUGGUACAACCCGCACCCGUGUAACCCCGACUCGGACGUGGUGGAGAACAACUUCACUCUGCUCAAUAGUUUCUGGUUUGGAGUCGGGGCGCUCAUGCAGCAAGGCUCGGAGCUGAUGCCCAAAGCCCUGUCCACUCGCAUCGUGGGGGGCAUCUGGUGGUUCUUCACGCUCAUCAUCAUCUCCUCGUACACGGCCAACCUGGCGGCCUUCCUCACCGUGGAGAGGAUGGAGUCUCCCAUCGACUCCGCCGACGACCUGGCCAAGCAGACCAAGAUCCCGUACGGCGUCGUGGAGGACGGCUCCACCAUGACGUUCUUCAAGAAAACCAAGAUCUCCACGUACGAUAAGAUGUGGGAGUUCAUGAACAGCAGACGCUCCUCGGUCAUGGUGCAGAACGUGGAGGAGGGAAUCCAGCGCGUGCUCACCUCGGACUACGCCUUCCUCACCGAGUCCACCACCAUCGAGUUCGUCACCCAGAGGAACUGCAACCUCACGCAGAUCGGCGGCCUCAUCGACUCCAAGGCGUACGGCGUGGGGACACCUAUGGGCUCGCCGUACCGAGACAAGAUCACCAUCGCCAUCUUGCAGCUGCAGGAGGAGGGGAAGCUGCACAUGAUGAAGGAGAAGUGGUGGAGAGGGAACGGCUGCCCGGAGGAGGAGAGCAAAGAGGCCAGUGCGCUCGGCGUGCAGAACAUCGGCGGCAUCUUCAUCGUUCUGGCCGCGGGACUCGUGCUCUCCGUGUUCGUGGCCGUGGGAGAAGUUCUCUACAAGUCCAAGCAGAACGCGCAGAUGGAGAAGCGUUCCUUCUGCAGCGCCAUGAUGGACGAGCUGCGCGUGUCCCUCAAGUGUCAGCGGCGUCUCAAACAGAAGCCCCAGCCCCCGGUCAUCGUCAAAACCGAAGAGGUCAUCAACAUGCACACCUUCAAUGACCGCAGACUGCCCGGCAAGGAGACCAUGGCCUAG